CUUUGUUUUGGCUGAUUUCCCAACAUUUGAACUAACAGCUGGCCUCCAACAACUUCAUCUUGUGGGAGAAUGCUUCUUGGUUCCACAGGCCAGCACAAUAGUCUUUUAGCAUCCCUACAGCUGCAAGGAAGAGCCAUGCAGCCAGCUCUUGAUAUCAAACACUUCCUACCAUUUCGUCUAAACAGCCCCUCUCCUGUUGGAUUAUUCCCCAACUUCAACGCAAUGGAUCCAGUGCAGAAGGCUGUAAUAAACCACACGUUUGGUGUAACGCUGCCACCAAAAAAGAAGCACGUAAUCUCUUGCAACGUCUGCCACCUGAGGUUCAACUCGGAGAACCAGGCCGAGGCUCACUACAAGGGUCACAAACAUGCUCGGAAGCUCAAAGCACUUGAGGCGCUGAAAAAUAAGCAGAAAGCCGCAGCAGCCAAGGAGGACAACGUGACGCAGUCUGUUCACAACCUUGACGAUACCAUGAGUGACCCAGAGAAAACAGAGGAUUAUCCUACAGCACCAGCCGUGGAGAAAACUGAAGAUGAUUCUACCUCAUUGGUCCAUGUAUCCAAAAUGUUUGUGAUGGAAUCUGCUGGUACCAAGACAUCAGCCACAUUCUCCUGUUCAGAAGCUACUAAUGGCAGGUCUGAGGAUGGCAUUGAGACCUCGCUGGUGCACACCGCAGAGAUCAUUAGAAGUGAAGGCACCAACAGUGUCAGCUCAAUCCCUGAGAGUGAGAAAGAAGGAGAGAAAAUGAAACAGCAUCUGUACUGCGCAGCUUGCAAAGUGACUGUGAACUCCGUAUCACAACUCGAGGCACACAACAAUGGGUCGAAGCAUAAAUCGGUGCUGCAGGGUCAGAACAGUCACAACAGAAGGAGCAGACUGAGACUCUUCCCACGGACAUUGUACAAAACCAAACGCAUUGGUAACAAGGGGAGCAUCGGCAUCCAGAGUAAGGCUUUCCACUGUAAUAUCUGUGAGAUCUACGUCAACUCUGAAACUCAACUCAAGCAGCAUAUGACCAGCAGAAGACAUAAGGAGAGGCUUACAGGAAAGACAUCCAAGCCCAAAUACAGUCCCUAUGCCAAGCUCCAACAGACUGCAGUGCUGGCGACAAAGAUGGCUUUUCAGAAGCAUCUCACAAAACCAAUAGCAACCGGUUUCUUACCAAAUCCUCUAACAGCAGCCGCUGUCUGUGCUAUGCCAAAUCUCACUCUUCGACCGACCACACUCUUCCAGACUCCAUUUCUUGGACCAGCCUUCUUCAGAGCCACUCCAGGCCCUCUGAGGGCAACGCAUACACCAUUUCUUUUUGCACCGUAUUGA